AUGAGCCAAGGCCCCGCCGCAGGGGAGAGCAGCGAACCCGAAGCAAAAGUCCUUCACACUAAGCGGCUUUACCGGGCUGUCGUGGAGGCUGUGCAUCGACUGGACCUCAUCCUUUGCAACAAAACCGCUUAUCAAGACGUGUUCAAACCAGAGAACGUGAGCCUGAGGAACAAGCUGCGUGAGCUCUGCGUCAAGCUUAUGUUCCUGCACCCAGUGGACUAUGGGAGGAAGGCUGAGGAGCUGCUAUGGAGAAAGGUGUACUACGAAGUUAUCCAGCUUAUCAAGACUAACAAAAAGCAUAUCCACAGCCGGAGCACCUUGGAAUGUGCCUACAGGACACACCUGGUGGCUGGUAUUGGCUUCUACCAGCAUCUUCUUCUCUAUAUCCAGUCCCACUACCAGCUGGAACUGCAAUGCUGCAUCGACUGGACCCAUGUCACCGACCCCCUCAUAGGAUGCAAGAAGCCAGUGUCUGCUUCGGGGAAGGAGAUGGAUUGGGCACAGAUGGCAUGCCACCGAUGUCUAGUGUACCUGGGCGAUUUGUCACGAUAUCAGAAUGAAUUAGCUGGCGUGGACACCGAGCUGCUAGCUGAGAGAUUUUACUAUCAAGCCCUGUCGGUAGCUCCCCAGAUUGGAAUGCCCUUCAACCAGCUGGGCACCCUUGCGGGCAGCAAGUACUAUAACGUGGAAGCCAUGUACUGCUACCUGCGCUGCAUCCAAUCAGAAGUGUCCUUUGAGGGGGCCUAUGGGAACCUCAAGAGGCUAUUUGACAAGGCAGCCAAAAUGUACCACCAGCUGAAGAAGUGUGAGACUCGCAAACUCUCUCCCAGCAAGAAGCGAUGUAAAGACAUCAAGAGGUUGCUGGUGAACUUCAUGUACCUGCAGAGCCUCCUGCAGCCCAAAAGCAGCUCCGUGGACUCAGAGCUGACGACGCUUUGCCAGUCAGUCUUGGAGGACUUCAACCUCUGCCUCUUCUACCUGCCCUCCUCCCCCAACCUCAGCCUGGCCAGUGAGGACGAGGAGGAGUAUGAGAGCGGAUACGCUUUCCUCCCGGACCUUCUAAUCUUCCAAAUGGUCGUCAUCUGCCUUAUGAGUGUGCACAGCUUGAAGAGAGCAGGGUCCAAGCAGUACAGUGCAGCCAUUGCCUUUACCCUGGCCCUCUUCUCCCACCUCGUCAAUCAUGUCAACAUACGGCUGCAGGCUGAACUGGAAGAGGGGGAGAAUCCCGUCCCGGCGUUCCAGAGCGAUGGCACAGAUGAACCAGAGUCCAAGGAACCCUUGGAGAAGGAGGAAGAGCCUCCUCCCACGGCCCCUCAGGAGGGCGAGGUCAGAAAGAGUCGGAAGUUCUCCCGCCUCUCUUGCCUCCGCCGCCGCCGCCGCCGCCACCGCCACCUGCCCAAAGCUGGCGAUGACAGCGACCUGAGUGAGGGCUUUGAAUCUGACUCAAGCCGGGACUCGGCCCGGGCCAGUGAGGGCUCCGACAGUGGCUCCGACAAGAGUCUUGAAGGCGGGGGAACGGCCUUCGAUGCUGAAACAGACUCGGAAAUGAACAGCCAAGAGUCCCGAUCGGACCUGGAAGACAUGGAGGAUGAGGAAGGGACACGGUCCCCAGCCCUGGAACCCCCUCGGGCCAGGUCAGAGGCUCCCGAGUCCCUCAAUGGCCCUCUGGGCCCCAGUGAGGCUAGCAUCGCCAGCAAUCUACAAGCCAUGUCCACCCAGAUGUUCCAGACCAAGCGCUGCUUCCGACUGGCCCCCACCUUCAGCAACCUGCUCCUCCAGCCCAGCGCGGACCCGCACGGCCUGGCCGGCCACAGGCCCUGUGUCAAUGGGGAUGUGGAUAAGCCCUCAGAGCCAGCCUCUGAGGAGGGCUCCGAGUCAGAGGCGAGCGAGUCCAGUGGGCACUCCUGUCGGAACGAGCGCAGCAUCCAGGAGAAGCUGCAGGUCCUGAUGGCGGAAGGCCUGCUUCCUGCUGUGAAAGUCUUCCUGGACUGGCUCCGCACCAACCCCGACCUCAUCAUCGUGUGCGCACAGAGCUCUCAGAGUCUGUGGAACCGCCUCUCCGUGCUGUUGAAUCUGCUGCCAGCUGCUGGCGAGCUCCAAGAGUCUGGCCUAGCCCUGUGUCCCGAGGUCCAUGGGCUUCUCGAAGGUUGUGAACUGCCUGACCUCCCCGCUAGCCUGCUGCUUCCGGAGGACAUGGCACUUCGCAACCUGCCUCCCCUCCGGGCGGCCCACAGACGCUUUAACUUUGACACGGACCGGCCCCUGCUCAGCAGCUUAGAGGAGUCCGUCGUGCGGAUCUGCUGCAUCCGCAGCUUCGGCCACUUCGUCGCCCGCCUGCAAGGCAGCAUCCUGCAGUUCAGCUCGGAGGUGGGCAUCUUCGUCAGCACCGCGCAGUCGGAGCAGGAGAGCCUGCUGCAGCAGGCCCAGGCCCAGUUCCGCAUGGCGCAGGAGGAAGCUCGGCGGAACCGGCUCAUGAGAGACAUGGCCCAGCUACGGCUUCAGCUCGAGGUCUCUCAGCUGGAAGGGAGCCUCCAGCAGCCCAAGGCCCAGUCAGCAAUGUCACCCUACCUCGUUCCUGACACCCAGGCCCUCUGCCUCCACCUCCCCAUCAUCCGCCAGCUGGCCACCAGUGGCCGCUUCAUUGUCAUCAUCCCAAGGACAGUGAUUGACGGCCUGGAUCUGCUGAAGAAGGAGCACCCAGGGGCCCGGGACGGGAUCCGAUACCUAGAGGCAGAGUUUAAAAAAGGAAACAGGUACAUUCGCUGCCAGAAGGAGGUGGGGAAGAGCUUUGAGCGACACAAGCUGAAGAGACAGGAUGCAGAUGCCUGGACUCUCUAUAAGAUCCUGGACAGCUGCAAACAACUGACCCUAGCCCAGGGGGCCGGUGAGGAGGACCCCGGCGGCAUGGUGACCAUCAUCACAGGCCUCCCACUGGACAAGCCCGGCGUGCUCUCGGGCCCGAUGCAGGCUGCCCUGCAGGCCGCUGCACAUGCCAGUGUGGACAUCAAGAAUGUUCUGGACUUCUACAAGCAGUGGAAGGAGAUUGGCUGA